AACAUUUUUUUUUAAAAAAAAAAAGCGUUGCAAAAGCUACAUACUAGCCCGGCUUCUAUUUCCAUAGUAGAGGGAUGGAGAUGCGUUGGGUGGCCUCGCCACUGCAGAUCGUUUUUCUUGUGAAUAAUCGGUUCCAUUCCAAACAUCUCUCGUUGCCGUCCUCAGCAGGUAUAAAAGGCAACUGUUAUUCUCUUGAUGCAUUAUGGUACUGCCUUUCGGUUCUCGACUUUUUGCUUGCUGAAUCAAGGCUGGUUAUUAUUAUGAAGGGUUUGUAAAUUGCAGGUAUGGUGACUGAAUAUACUUUAUUGUUGCACACCCUUUAUGAAACCUUUAGUUAGUGAUUAACUAAUUGAGCCAGCUUUACCAUGAAAAGUUUAGGAGGUUAAUUGAUGGGGUAUAAUUGAUGGGGUAUUGCUCUCAACCCGAAAAACAAUUCUUGUUUACGAGUUUAUGCCUAAAAUAAGUUUGGAAAGCCAUCUCUUCCAUAGAUUUUAUUCUGGACAGUACGUACAUGUGUGAAUUAUGUUAAUAAUUGUUAAAAAUAUUGUAUGGGCAAUCUUUAAAAUUGUUAUCAGUAGUUGUGUACCCUCAUGGCUCUAUGUUUAUUAAAAAUGGGUACAUGAC